AAAACUUAAAACAAGAUUACUGCAUCCCACCUGAAACAACAGAGAAAAAUAAGAAAACACAAAAAAAAUGGAACCUUCAGAUCAAGAAUCUCCAAAGCUCAUGGAGGCAUCAUCAAACAUAUCAUCAGCAGCGGAGAAAGGAGAAGCAACAAGGCAACAACAACAAUCAAACAAUAACAAUAGGUGUGCACUCACAGUUGACGAGGUGAUCGAGGAACACAUAGGAGCACUUGGUUUUUCUCAGAUAUUGCAUGCUCUUUUGGUCUCUAUCGCUUGGACCUUCGAUGCUCAGACCACUCUUGUAUCGAUUUUCUCCGACGCUCAGCCCGCUGCGAGGCUCGUAGCAACAGGGGCCAUCGUGGAAGGCUCAUCGCUGUGUGGUUUUUCGACUCAAGAAUGGGAAUGGGUCGGAGGAAAAAGCGACACUAUUGUUGCUGAGUGGAAUCUCAUUUGUCAACAUAAGUUUCUUGUUGCUCUUCCUUCCACUCUUUUCUUCAUCGGAUCUCUCUUCGGUUCGGGAGUUUAUGGAUAUCUAGCUGACUCAUGGUUUGGUCGAAAAAAGACACUAUUCCUCUCUUGCCUGUUAACGUUUGUCACGGCUUUGGCCAUCUCCUUUUCACCAAACGUGUGGGUUUACGCGUUCUUGCGUUUCGCAAACGGGUUUUUCAGAUCAGGAAUCGGGUCUUGCUGCAUCGUACUAGCGACGGAGGUCGUAGGUAAAAAAUGGCGAGGCCAAGUAGGGCAAUACGGAUUCUUCUUCUUCACGUUAGGUUUUCUAUCUCUGCCACUAAUGGCUUACUUGGAGAGAAAUUCUUGGAGAAACCUUUACCGAAUCAUAUCGUUUCUUCCUCUUGGAUACGCACUUUUGCUCUUGCCCUUUGCCUAUGAGUCCCCUCGAUGGCUUCUUGUCAAAGGACGUAACAAAGAAGCCAUGGUGGUCUUGAAGAAACUAGCAAGGCUCAACGGGAAACAACUUCCAGCUGAUCUCAGCCUCGUGGAUCCAAUCCCGACGAGAGAUGAUCAAACUUCGUCACCGGAGAGUUUUUGGAAAACGAAAUGGGCAGUGAAAAGAGUCUUAAUGGUUAUGAUGGCUGGAUUUGGCAGUGGCUUUGUUUACUACGGAAUUCAACUAAACGCAGAGAAUCUCAAUUUCAAUCUUUACCUAACCGUUGCGGUUAACGCACUGAUGGAGUUUCCUGCGGUUUUCAUCGGAAGUUUCCUCCUCGGUGUCAUGAACAGACGUCCACUGUUCUCCAACUCAUCAUACCUCGCCGGAAUCUCGUGCUUGCUCUGCGCGGUUCUCUCUCUCCACCGAGUGACACGUGCCAUAUCCGUUGCGAAAUGGCUGCAGCUAGCGGUUGAGGCGUUUGGAUUCAUGGCGUCCUCGACGGCUUACGAUGUGUUAUAUGUGUAUUGCGUCGAGCUGUUCCCUACCAAUGUUAGGAACUUUGCGGUUUCGCUUCUGCGUCAAGCGUUUAUGCUAGGAGCGUCUGCAGCACCGUUGUUAGUUGCGUUGGGGAGGGAUAACGCAAUGAUGUCGUUUCUUGUGUUUGGCGUUGCGUCUGUGCUGAGCGGCGUGGUGAGUCUCUGGCUAAGAGAAACGCGAAACGCUCCGCUUUAUGAAACACUAACGCAGCAGGGAAAAGCGGAAGAGAUGGGAAACGCAACUGAACACUCUUGAUUGCAUUCACUAACCGUGUUUGUAGUUGUUGGUAAGGAAAAUUUGUCCAAUAAAUGGAAAAAAUGUAAACAUUCUUGAUUUUUCCACUGUUUAUGUUUAUUUUGAAACAAAAAUAAUCUAAAACCAAGAUUUGUUUCAAGAGAGACAAGAACAUUA